GUAUUAGAUACAACAACAAUACAUAAAUAUUUGAUAGAGAACCAAAACCUUUUUUGUUGUCUGCCCGAUCACAAUCAUCAUUGAAAUUUAGAGUCUUGUCAAACACACGAAAUUAAUGGAAGAACAACAAAUCUGAACCCAAACCAGUUGGUGGUACACAACAUCAUCCAGCAGAACAAUAAAUUGUAAUUCUAUUACGUACCAAACCAAAAGUUAUUGAAAAAUGUUGGCAUUCGUGAAAUGCUUCUCGUUGAAGCGAACAAAGCAUCCUCGUGGAUAUGAGGAUCCUCAUGUUCUUGCAUCCGAAACUCCCUUUACGGUGAAUGAGAUAGAGGCUUUACACAAUUUGUUCAAGAAGCUUAGUACAUCCAUUAUCGAUGAUGGUCUUAUCCAUAAGGAAGAGCUUCUUCUGGCUUUGUUCAGAAACAGCAGUAUGCAAAAUCUAUUUGCGGACAGGGUGUUUUAUAUGUUUGAUAGGAAACGAAACGGUGUGAUUGAGUUUGGAGAAUUUGUUCGUUCCCUUAGCAUCUUCCAUCCAUACACUCCCGAACAUGAAAAGUCCGCAUUUAUGUUCAAGCUUUUUGACCUCCAUGGAACCGGAUUCAUCCAGCCCCAUGAGUUGAAGAAGAUGGUGGGCGCACUACUAGGUGAAACAGACUUAGAAAUAUCGGAAGAAUCUAUUGAAGCUAUCGUGGAACAGACGAUGCUCGAGGUUGAUACAAACAAAGAUGGGAAGAUCGAUGAAGAAGAGUGGAAAGAGCUCAUCGCUAAGAAUCCUUCAAUCCUCAAAAACAUGACUCUACCUUACCUCAAGGAAGUGACAUUAGCAUUUCCAAGCUUUGUACUCGACUCCGAAGUAGAAGACUAGAGAGAAUCUAGAAUCGGAUACCUUGGGAACAAGUCUGAAACUGAUUUUACAAAUUUUUAUUUAUCAUGCAAUGCAUGUCUCACGUUGGUUUUGGUUAUAAUUUAUUACUUAUUACUGUUGAUA